AUGCCUCCUACUGUGCCCUUACCGCCUCUCCCGACGUCUCCUUCAUCAUGCAAAUCACGGACAGCAACGUUUACCAUUGGAUCUCCCAGGCCGACCACUGGAUCAACUAAAAAGAACUCAUUUACCUCACUAACAUUCCGUCCACACAAGCCGAUCAAAUACGGAACCGGAAAGUUUUCUCACGUUGAAUUGGUGCCACAACCAAGCGAUGAUCCACAAGAUCCUCUGAAUUGGCCUCAAUGGAAGAAGGAAUUGAACUUGGCAUCCCUACUCUUCAUGGCUAGCCUGAUAGGCGCAAUGAAGACAGCUCUUGUUGCUGUCAAUGAUGUUGUCGCUACUCGAUACCAGGUUUCCUAUACCUGGGUUGCCGCUUUGACGGCUGCGCCCUUGAUGGUUUCGGCCAUUGCCGGCUUUGUUAGCUCCAUGGCAGCGAAGCUGGUAGGAAAGCGACCAGUCUAUCUCGUCUCAUCGGCCUUUGUCUUUGCCGGCUGCAUCUGGAACAUGACAGCAGAUUCUAGCUACGGCUCGUGUAUGGGCGCUCGGGUCAUGCAAGGACUCGGUUGGGGUGCUUUUGACACUCUGCUGAUGGAGACUAUACAGGAUACUUUUUAUGAACAUGAAAGGAACCUCCGUGUGUCUCUGUAUACGAUCCUUACUGUCACAAUGACUUGGGCAUCGCCGCUCUUGGGCGGCGUCAUCUCCUAUCGCGUUGGAUCUUUUGUUACCCAAUAUCGCAUACUCAGCGCACUUUUCGCCGUUGCUAUUCCCAUGCUGGCUCUGAUGGCGCCCGAGACUGCCUUUAACCGCUCUAAAGCUGCGAUUGCAACGACUCCGGUACUCAGCUUCACAUUUCCAUGGGAACCUCAGCAGACCCAUAUCGAGCUUAGCAGAGACUCUGCCAUCGACUACGUCAAAGAGAUGAAGCCAUGGUCAUUCACAGGAGAAAAUAUUCUCUUAAACUCGAUUCAGUCCCCACGAGCUCUUGCUGCUCCUACUACUUCACUCGUCUUCCUUGUCACGGCACUACCUCAUUGUAUGCUAUGGGGCUUAGUUGCUUCCUUGUCUCUCUUACUCUCGCCAUCACCGUUUAACCUUCAUCCGAGCAUCAUCGGAACUCUCUUGACAGGUCCCUGGAUACUCGCAAUCGUAAUUGUCGCUGGCAUCUGCUAUUACCGCUCAGCGAACCAGAGCUUCACACGAUGCGUCAGCAGCCUCACCAUUGCCGGCGGCGCGCUCCUGGCCCUUAUCGGUCUCAUUUCUUUCGGUUUAAAUACAGGCAGUUUCAUUUCAUCGUCAUCUUCAUCAUCCAACGAGACGCUCACAACCUUUCUCACCCCCGAAGCAGCGCAUGAGCUUAAUCUCCCCCUCUUAUCUCUACAACUCGGGCUUCUCGCAGCCGGCGCUUCAACUCUAGAAGCUACCGCACGCCCUCUUCUCGCUCGAUCAGCAUCCUUCACCGCGUCAAGCAUGGCCACAGCACAGCGAAGCGUAGGCGAUAUGCACUCAUGGGUAAUCAUCCUACGAAACCUUUUAGCUGGCGCUUUCGUCCUCACCGUACCCCACGUCAUACCCAAGGCCGGAGGUCUCAAGGCUCUCGUAAUAGGCCUCGGAACGGUACAAGUCGCCAUCACAAUAUUUGUCCUCUCGCUAUGGCACUUUUACGAAAGGAGUGUGUGGAGGAUGGAUGGCAAAGUCAUGGGGCUUGUCAAUCUGAGAAUGCCACACCCAGAGGAGAGCUUCUUUGAUACCGACUGA